UCCGCGCUUUGCAACACUGCAGCGCAUUUCAUAAUAAUAAAUUAAAGAAAAACAAGUUUUUAAAACACCUGCAUAGUUUAGCUAUAAAAUGAAUUAAGCCCUAAAAAUAUGAUUGUGAAAAACAUUUGUAAACUGAGCCAAGUAAUGGGCAGGCUCCGGCUUGUCCCAAAUCCCAGGGAAUUCUGUCACUCGGCGCCUCUGAAGCGAACCACCCAACGGUCGGGAUUUGGAUCAGGAUCACGAUCGCUGUGCCGCUAUUCUGCAGAUAGCCAGGUGUCCUUGAUAGCUCCACCUGCUCCAAGUUCUUCAGGCGGAAUGAUCUGGGCCUUCUCAGCUGCCUUUACGUUCAAUCUCUUUGGAGGCGGCGACGAAAAGGAGGAGACUCCGGAGGACAAGCUAGUGAAGACCAUAAAGCGAUCGAUCCUCUGCAUCCAGAGGGAACAGUACGAUAAGGCCGAGCAGAUGCUCCACCUGGCCCUGCGAAUGGCCCAGGAUAUUCAAAACAAGGACGGCAUCACGUAUGUGUUUGAUCUGAUGGCCAAUUUGGCCAUGGAGCGGGAGCAGUUUAAGAAGGCGGAAAAGAUCUUCACGGACGUGAUGAAGCGCCUCUUUGCCGAUGGCCACACCGAAGAAAGUCCCAAGAUACUCCACAUCAGCUCCAAGAUAGCGCACAUGUCCCAGCUGCAGGGUGACCUGGAGAAGAGUUUCCAGGGUUUCACCUGGACGCUGAAACAGUUGGCCAAACUCCUGGAGAAAAUGCCCGACGACAAGGACGUCCUGGAGCUUUAUGGCCUGACAAAGAAUUGGUUUGGCCAGCUGCUGAUGAAGCAGGGCAAGUACCUGGAGGCCAAGAACCUCUUCAAGGAGGCCUUCGACACGCUAAUCGAUGUUUACGGUGCUGUCAACGACGCCUCUGUGACCAUCCUGAACAACAUUAGCGUGGCGUAUGUGAACCUGGAAAAGUACACCGAAGCAAAGGAGACCCUUAUGCAGGCGGUGGAACUGACCAAAGAGUUGAAGGACGCCACCCAGGAGGGCAUCCUGCAGGCCAAUCUCGGUCUGGUGUGUCUGCGCGAAGGUCUGAUGAAACAGGCGGAGGAAGCCUGCAAAUUGGCGUGGAAGUUGGGCAAGCAGCACCAGAAUCCCGAUGCCGUCGAGCAGGCCGAGUAUUGCCUCAACGAGAUCAAAACCACACUGAAUGGGGAAAAGCGGCAGUGAGGUUUUCUUUUUACAAUGUAUUUUUGACUAUUUAUAAAAAUUUCAUUUCAAAGUAAAGCGCAAAUUUUGAAGGCUUUAAAACUCUUAAA